AACAGCUAGGAGGAGGGCAUCUUCUGUGGAUGCUAUGGAGCCAGCUCAAGGCAUUCUCUUGAUUCUCUAGAAUUUGACUCUGGAAGCAAAUGAAGAACAUAAGCACUAUUUUCUUGGGAUUGGGAACAGGCCAACAAAAUAGUGCUUAUCUUCUUCGAAAGGCUAAGCCAUCCUUCGGGGGUCAAGAAGUCAAACAAACAGCAAAGAAACACGGAGAUGGUUGCUUAACAUACGGUUAAAUGCUACAUGAAGCAAACCUUCUUAUAGACGAUGAUGGAGUUCUUAGAAUAUGAGAUUUUGGGCUUGCAACGUUUUUUGUUGAUGCGAGUAAAAGGCAAGUAAUGACGACAAGGGUUGUUACUCUAUGGGACUAUGGCACAGAGCACCAGAGCUGCCCCACGGUGCUGAUGUCGCCUGUCGGCAUUGACUUAGAAGCUACAAGGCUUUGCUAUAAUCUUUGUAAGUAUCAAUAUUUUUUUCUUUUUCAAUAUAAAAUCGCAGUCAUGUUGUGUAUUUUUAAAAGAAAAUUCAGUCGGUCUCACUAGAAAUUAGCUAAGUUUAAUGUAGGAUCAACUUUGAAUAUUAGGCAUAUCAAAGGGAUAAUUAAUAACGAGAUCUGGAAAUGAUAGUAUAAUCAUAGUAGUAAGUAUAGAGGCAUGAAACAGAGCUGGAACUAUUAAAUUAUGAGGAAUCAUCCAAUUUAAGUGUUUGGUAGAGAUUGCUGUUGAGUGUUGACUCUGUUCAUUUUUUUUUGUUUCUUUUGCAUCGACUGCUUUCCUUCUAUUAUUACUCUGCAGCCGACAAAAAUAAAAUUAAGAAUAAACACAACGCCUGUUAAUUAAUUCAAUUUUGGCAACGAAGUGAACAGACAAAAUAUUCUUUAAAACAUAAAAAGGUUGUUUCAAAGUCACGUUUUCAAUUUGUCUUCUUAACCUUUUGUGAUGCUUAGAAGUCAAAUUGUGUCCAAUCUAUUAAUCAUAUUUUCUUUUUGUUUCUUGAAUGUAGAAUAAACAAUCAGUCUUAAUUGGUUAAUAAACUGUAUUUAAGACAUAACUAUUAUCGGUCACAAAUUACUUAUUCUUGUAGGUUUAAGAUCUAAACUGCAACGUUACAUUACUUACCUUUAGUUACUUCAAAAGCCAUGAAUGAACAAACUCUCCAACCUUCAACAUUAAUAGGCCACAUUAAAUGGAUGGCAAAUAUAGGUGGAAGGAAUCUUAAUAUCCAACGUGGAGACAUGACAAAGGGUGACAAGGAAGUGGACCGAAAGCACACCGUCCUGGACAUCCUGUCUUUGUUAUCACUUUUAUCACUUGUCAGCUACUCUUUGCUCUCUUCUUUUAAUCAUCAUUAUUGCUUAUUCAAUAUUCAAGACACUCCCGUCUUUGUUGCUGAUUCAAAACUACUAGUAUACUAUUCAAAACUUCUUACUUCUAUUAUUCAGAUCUAUAGACUACUAGUCUUAUAAACAAAGAUGCAUUACAAUUGUUCUUUAAAAAAAAUAGAAAAGUAUCAAAUGUUAUAAAUACUUGUUCAUGGGAAAAUGGAAAGUAUCAGAUCGAAUCUUUGAACGCCAGAUUUAAAUUAAUCGUGCAUGGACUAAAUAAUUAGUUUACGUAAAUGCUCCAUACGACCAGAAAAGUUUUUCUUUUAUAAAUGCAAAUCUAUUGGCAGAGAAGGCGAUCCCGAAGAUGCAAAGUCACGCAACUUCGAAUUAAAAAAAACAAUUGAAUUUAAUACAAAAAAGAAAAAACAUUUUUGGGAACGGUGAAGGAGGGUGAUAUGGUCAUUUCGUAGCUUCUCCAUGAGUCCACCACCGUACCUAAACAAUUCUUCACAACGUCAAAAAGUAGGAACACAGAGCUGAAACGCCUGUAGAGAGAGAGAGAGAAGGAGAUAGAUAGAUAGAUCUAGAAUGAAGAAGAUGAGCUGAGCUAUGCCAAGAAGAGAAAGCGGAAGCUCAUUAGGCGAACUACUAUUCUUUCAGGUUACUUACCUAUUGCUUUGGCCAGUGAAGUAUGUUCUGUCUCCAUUUUGACCUUCAUUGACUUGAGGAAAUUGGUAUACUCUUGGCAUUGAGAGCGCCUCUGAACUUGCAACAUUCUGGUUUGGUGGUGGUGGUGGUGUGUCUAAUUUUGCUUGGAAAAAAUGGCUGCUUUUGCGAAUGCUAACACUAAACGCUAUUCUUGGUGGUGGGAUAGUCACAUAAGCCCCAAGAACUCUAAAUGGCUUCAGGAGAAUCUUACUGAUAUGGAUAGUAAAGUCAAGCAGAUGAUCAAAGUUAUUGAAGAAGAUGCAGAUUCAUUUGCUAGGCGGGCAGAAAUGUAUUACAAAAAGCGGCCUGAGCUUAUGAAACUGGUCGAAGAGUUUUACCGAGCGUAUCGCGCUUUAGCUGAAAGAUAUGAUCAUGCCACCGGCGUCAUUCGUCAUGCUCAGCAGACUAUGGCAGAAGCGUUCCCGAACCAAGACCCCAUGAUGUUUGGCGAGGAGUCACUUGUCGGUCCUUCCACGGAAGAGUUUGAUCCACAAACGCCUGAGAGUUACCCUCCUAUCCGAGCUCCGGUUUAUCCAAGUGACUUGAAAAAAGGUGCGUUGGGGAUCUCUUCCUCUCAUAUGAGCACUGUAAAGAGAAAUAUAGCCUUCAUGGAAGAUCCUCAAGGCUUGAAAAUUGGAAAGGCGAGAAGAGGGUUGAACUUCAAUGAUGCUGAUGGAAACGGAAGAAAUGCGAAGGUUCUUUCGGAAUCUGAACGUGCUAGCAAAGCUGAAGCUGAGAUCGUGGCUUUGAAAGAUGCUCUUGCGAAAGUGCAGGCUGAAAAGGAAGCUAACUUAGCUCAGUUUGAUCAGAAUUUGGAGAGGCUGACUAACAUGGAGUCUGAGGUAUCUCGUGCACAAGAAGACUCCAGGUGUUUUUGUGAACGAGCCACAAGAGCUGAAGCUGAGGUCGAAACGCUCAGAGAAACGCUUAGCAAACUAGAAGUUGAGAAGGAGUCUAGUCUUCUUCAAUAUCAGCAAUGUCUAGAAAACAUAGCUGAUUUGGAAGAGCGUAUUUCUCUAGCUCAGAAGGAGGCUAAUGAGAGAGCCAGCCAAGCUGAAGGUGAGAUUAUAGCGUUGAAGCAAAGCCUUGUUGGAUUAGAAACUGACAAGGAAGCUGCUCUUGUUCAAUAUCAGCAAUGCUUGGAAACCAUAUCUAACCUAGAAGAGAGGCUGCGCAAGGCUGAGGAAGAUGCGAGGCUAAUCAAUCAGCGGGCAGAAAAUGCUGACGGUGAAGUUGAAAUCUUAAAGGAGAAGGUCUCCAAGCUGACUCAAGAAAACGAAGCUUAUGAGCUUCAGUACCAACAGUGUCUGGAGACGAUUGCGGAUCUAAAGCUCAAGCUGUUCCAUGCUCAAGAAGAAACCCAAAGACUUAGCCGUGAAAUAGAGGAUGGGAUUGCUAAGUUAAAAUUCGCAGAGGAAAAAUGUGUUGUGCUCGAGAGAUCAAACCAGAAUCUGAACUCUGAGCUGGACGGUCUAUUGGAGAAACUUGAGAACCAAAGUCAUGAGCUCACGGAGAAACAGAAAGAGAUGGGGACAUUAUGGACUACUGUACAAGAAGAACACUUGCGUUUCGUGGAGGCUGAGACGGCCUUUCAAACCCUGCAGCAAUUGCACUCUCAGUCUCAGGAGGAGCUAAACACUUUGGCGUUGGAAUUGCAAAACAAGUCUGAGAUCCUUAAAGAUUUGGAGGCGUGUAACAGUGGUUUAUUGGAGGAAGUCCAAGAAGCCAAAGAGGAGAGCAAAAGCCUCAAUGAGCUCAACCUCGCUUCAGCUGCAUCCAUUAAAAGUUUGCAGGAGGAGGUCUUGAGAUUACGUGAGACGAUACAGAAACUUGAGGCGGAAGUUGAAUUGAGAGUGGACCAGAGGAAUGCUUUGCAGCAAGAAAUAUACUGUCUUAAAGAGGAGUUAAGCCAGAUGGGAAAGAAACACCAGUCCAUGGUAGAAGGCUUUGGAUCUUCUAUCAAGGAGCUGCAGGAGGAGAACUCAAAGCUAAAUGAAAUAAAUGAAAGAGAGAGUAUCGAAAAGAUAACCUUGCUUGAGAAGUUAGAAUUGAUGAAAGAGCUUGUUGAGAAGAAUCUUCUUCUAGAGAACUCCAUAUCAGAUUUGAACUCUGAGCUGGAAACAAUCAGAGGGAAGCUGAAGACAUUGGAGGAAGCUUUUGCAGAAGAGAAAUCAGGGCUUCAUUCUGAGAAGAACAUGUUGGUUUCCCGUUUGGAGAGUGCUACAGAAGACAGCAAGAAGCUCUCUGAGGAGAACAGGUUACUGGAGAAUUCUCUUUUCGAUGCGAAUGCAGAACUGGAAGAACUCAAGUCAAAACUGAAAAGCCUAGAAGACUCAUGCCACUUGCUGAGUGAUGACAAGUCAAGUUUAGUUGGUGAAAGAGAAAGCUUACUCUCUCGUAUGGAUAUAAUGAGGAAAAACAUUGAGGAUCUGGAGAAAGAACAGGCAGAGUUAAAAGUGAAAGUGUUGGAAUCAGCGACCGAGAAGGAGUCUUGCCUUCAGAAAAUUGAAGAGCUGGGAGUGUCUCUAAAUACCAAGGACAGUGACUAUACUAGUUUUGUGCAACUGUCUGAGAGUCGGAUGAAUGGGAUGAAAUCAAAGAUCCAUCAUCUUCAAGAUGAAAAUCAACGCAAGGAGAGAGUGUAUCAAGAGGAACUGGAUAGAGCUCAUGACGCUCACGUUGAGAUUAUUGUUCUGAAGAAAUGUUUUCAGGAGUGGCUUGAGAAGAGUUCCUCCCUCGUUGCUGAGAAUCAGAGUCUCAAACAAGCUGCUCAUCUGUUGGAGAAGCUAGUUUCUGAACUAGAACAGGAAAAUAGUGGGAAACAAGUGCAGAUUGAUUCCUCGGUUGAUUGCAUUAAAGUACUGAGAACGGGGAUCUUCCAGGUAUUAAUGAAGCUUGAAGUUAUCCCAGGUUUUGAUUUUGUUGAUGAGAACUCACAAGACCAGAAAAAUAUUCAUGAGAUGUUGAGUAGACUUGAUGAGAUCCAAGGUAUGCUUUUGAAGAUUCAGAGAGAAAACCAUCAGGGGACUAUAGAGAACCUCGUCCUUGUUGAGUUUAUCCGGCAGCUGAAAUCAGAAGCUGUUGGUCUUGCAACAGGGAAGAAAGUCCUUGAAAAAGAAAAUGAAUCUCAGCGUUCCCAGCUGUUGCUUUUGCAGGAUGAGAUCCAGAAGCUUAUAUGCAUGAAUGGAGAAUUGAACACAAAGGUUAAUCAAGGAGUUGACAGAGAAGAAGUCUUGAAGGUGGAAGUUGAGGAUGUGCACAGGCAGUCUGCCAUUGAGAACCUCGUCCUUGUUGAAUUUCUUAAGCAGCUUAAAUCAGAAGCUUCUGGUAUUACAACUGAGAAGAAGGCCCUUGAAGAAGAACUUGAAUCUAAGCGUUCUCAGCUCUUGCUUUCGCUGGACGAGGCCCAGGAACUUGGCUACAUGAUUAGAGAAUUGACCAGAAAAGUUAAUCAAGGAGUCAGCAGAGAAGAAGUCUUGAAGGUGGAAGUUGAUGAUUUGCACAAGCAGUCAGCCAUUGAGAACCUUGUCCUUGUUGAAUUUCUUCAGCAACUUAGGUCAGAAGCUACUGGUAUUGCAACUGAGAAGAGUGUCCUUGAGGAAAAACUUGAAUCUCACCGUGACCAGCUCUCUUUUUCUAGGAAUGAGACCAAGAACCUUAGCCACAUGAAUGGAGAAUUAACCACAAAAGUUAAUCAAGGAAUCAACAGAGAAGAAGUCUUGAAGGUGGAAAUUGAGGAUGUGCAUAGGCAGUCAGCUAUUGAGAAGUUAGUCCAUGUUGAAUUCCUUCAUCAACUUAAAUCAGAAGCUGUUAGCAUUGCAACUGAGAAGAAAAGCCUUGAGGAAGAACUUGAAUCUAAGAGUUUCCAACUAUCGUUGUUGCGAGAUGAGGCCAAGAACCUUAGCCACAUGAUUGAAGAAUUGACCACAAAGGUUAAUCAAGGAGUAUACAGAGAAGAAGUCUUGAAGGUGGAAAAUGAGGAUUUGCAAAUGCUGUCUGCUAUUGAGAACCUAGUCCUUGUUGAAUUUCUUCGGUCACAUGCUGUUGGUAUUGCAACUAAGAAGAGAACCCUUGAGCAAGAACUUCAAUCUCAGCUUUACCUGCUCUCGUUUUCACAGGAUGAGACCAAAAAACUUAGCCACAUGAUUGAAGAAUUAACUACAGAAGUUAACCAAGGAGUUAACAGAGAACAAGUCUUGAAGGUUGAAGUUGAUGAUAUUCACAUGCAGUCAGUCAUUGACAACCUCGUCCUUGUUGAAUCUCUUAAGCAACUUAAAUCAGAAGCUGUUGGCGUUGCAACUGAGAAGACGAACCUUGAGGAAGAACUUGAAUCUCAAUGUUACCAGCUAUUGUUUUCGCAGGAUGAGACCAAGAAACUUACCUACAUGAUUGGAGAAUUGACCACAAAAGUAAAUCAAGGACUCAACAGAGAAGAAAGAUUGAAAGUGGAAGUUGAUGAUUUGCACUGGCAGUCUGCCAUUGAGAACCUAGUCCUUGUUGAAUUCCUUCAACAACUUAAAUCAGAAGCUGUUGGUAUUGCAACUGAGAAGAACACCCUUGAGGAAGAACUUGAAUCUCAGCGAGACCAGCUAUUAUCGUUGCGGGUUGAGACCAAGAACCUUAUCUACAUGAUUGAAGAAUUGACCACAAAGGUUAAUCAAGGAGUCAACAGAGAAGAAGUCUUAAAGGUUGAAAAUGAGGAUUUGCACAUGCAGUCAGCCAUUAAGAACCUUGUCCUUGUUGAAUCUCUUUGUCAACUCAAAUCAGAAGCUGUUGGUAUUGCAACUGAGAAAAAACUCCUUGAAGAAGAACUUGAAUCUCAGCGUUACAAGCUUUCGCUUUCUCGGGAUGAGACCAAGAACCUUAUCAACAUGAAUGGAGAAUUGGCCACAAAAGUUAAUCAAGGAGUCAACAGAGAAGAAGUAUUGCACAGGCAAGUCUUGCAACUUCGAAAUGACUACGUCACUUUGCAGGGAGAGAAUUACAAAACGUUGGACGAUAAAAGACGCUUGACAAAGUCAACACUGCGGUUGGAGGAGGAGAAACGUAAACUAGAAGAUGAUAUCUCUUUGCUUCUUUCCGAGACCAUAUACCAAAGCAAUCUCAUUAUUCUUUUGGAGAAUCUCGUUUUGGAAAAACUUUCAGAAGCAGUGAAACUAAACGAGGAUUUGGACAUGCUCAGUUUUGUCAAGUGCAAGCUCGAGGAAGAGGUGAGGGAGGUUGGUGAUAAGUUGAAAUGUAGAGAAACUGAGAACUUGCAGCUUGGAAGUUUGCUAGAGAAAACGGACGCUGAACUGCUCUCUGCCAGAUCAGCCAAUGAUCAGCUGGAACAUGAAAUUGCUGAUGUGAAGGAUGAGUUGGUUCAGAAGGAGAAAGAGCUCCUAGAAGCUAUGCUGAUGAUCUCCGUCGUGCAGAGUGAAAAAUCUGAACUAUCCAAGGCAGUGGAGGAUUUAGAAUGUAGAUACAAGGAAGCUAAAGCUAUAGAGGAAGAUAAAGAUAAGCAGGUUUUGAAACUCCAAGGCGAUUACGAGGAGCAGGUUAAGAAGACUGGUCAUGCAAACGAAGCUAAUAUGAAACUGGAAGCUGACUUGUUGAACUUGCUCAUGGAACUCGAAGGAAUCAAAGCGGAGAAGGAAAAACUAAACCGGGAGCUUUCCAAAGAGAAGAGUGAGGUUGAAGUAUGGGAGUCUCAAGCUUCAACGUUGUUUAGAGAUUUGCAGAUUUCAGCUGUUAGUGAAACAUUGCUGCAAGGGUUGACUUAUGAGCUAGCGGAAGCUUAUAAUAACCUUGAAAAUAGAUGCACACUAAAAGACGUGGAGAUUGACCAACUGAACCAAAAGCUUUCCAAAGAGAAGAACGAGGUUGAACAAUGGGAGUCUCAAGCUUCAACACUGUUUGGAGAUUUGCAGAUUUUAGUUGUUCAUAAAACAUUACUGGAAGGGUUGGUCCAUGAGUUAGUGGAAGCCUACAAUAACCUUGAGAGUAGAUGUACACGAAAAGACGUUGAGAUUGACCAGCUUAAAGGAAGAGUCAACAACUUAGAGGAUGCUAACAAAGGACAAGAAGAUCUUAUGAGGAAAUACUUCCAAGCUAUUAUAUUGUUGAAGGAAAGCAUAGAAUCUUUAGAAAAACAUAUUGACAUGCCACAUGAACUCGAGGAUGAACCACCCACGGACACUGCUUCUAUGGUGGAUAACAACAAGGAGGGCUUCUUAGAGUUGGAAGAAAUGUGUUUGAGAAUCAAAGCUAUUGAAGAGGCCUUAACCAAGAAGCUCGCAGUGGAAGAACUAAGAACAUCUGCCCGAAGAAGCAGAAGGAGAAGCGGAAGUCUCCGGAAACAGAACAAUGAAAUCUAUUCACAGGAAAGUGAAAUGAUCACCAAAGAUAUUGUCCUCGACCAGGUCUCUGAUUGCUCAUCAUAUGGGAUUAGCAAGAGAGACAUUCUCAAGAUAGAAGAUGAUCACAGUUUUGAGGCACAGACGGGUAAGUCCUUGUCCGAAGAGUCACUUGUUGUGGACAAACUAGAGAUCUCCGACAGGUUCACGGACCCAAACAAAGAAGUAAACAAGAGGAAAGUCCUCGAGCGGCUUCAUUCUGAUCUACAGAAGCUCUCGAAUCUUCACAUAGCCGUGGAGGAUUUGAAAAGCAAAGUGGAGAGAGAGGAGACAAGCGAGAAAGGGAAAGAAGACGAAUACGAAGCCGUCAAGGGACAGAUCCACGAAGCGGAGGAAGCCUUGGAGAAGCUUCUAAGCGUCAACAGGAAACUAGUAACAAAAGUCAUAAGCGGGUUUGAGAUAUCAGACGGAAGCAAAUCUUCAGUGGAUCUUGAUGAGGAUGAGAGAAGCAGGAGGAGGAAGAUAUCAGAGCAAGCGAGGAGAGGUUCGGAGAAGAUUGGGAGGUUGCAGUUUGAGAUACAGAGGUUACAGUUUCUGUUGCUGAAGCUAGAAGGAGAAAGAGAGGAUCGAGCUAAAGCUAAGACGUCGGAUAGCAAAACGAGGACUCUUCUUAAGGAUUAUAUCUAUGGAGGAGUGAGAGGUGAGCGAAGGAAGAGGAUCAAGAAGCGGUUUGCGUUUUGUGGGUGUGUGCAGCAACCGCCUCCAUCUCCUUGAUCGUUUUUGAAUUGUGGAGUAAAACGUAAUAAUAAUGAAAGUGAAUUCAAGUUUUAUAUAUACAUGAAUCAAAAACAAAACACCUUCGGUAGAA